GACCUAGCCCCCUUAGUGGCCCGAGCCUGAGUCCUGGCCUCUUCUUCGAGUCUUGGCCUCUUCUCCUACUCCUGGAACAACAUGAGCUUCACCACCCACUCCACCUUUUCCUCCAACUAUCGGUCCGUGGGCUCGGUGCAGUUGCCCAGCCACCGGGUCCGACCGGUCAGCAGUGCGGCCAGCGUCUAUGCAGGCGCCGGGGGCUCAGGCUCCCGGAUCUCCGUGUCCCGCUCCUCUAGCUUCCGGGGCGGCUGGGGGUCCGGGGGCAUGGCCGCCGGGAUGGCCGGGGCUCUGACGGGCAUAGGGGGCAUCCAGGGCGAGAAGGAGACCAUGCAAGACCUGAAUGACCGCCUGGCCUCCUACCUGGAAAGGGUGAGGAGCCUGGAGGCUGAUAAUCAGAGAUUGGAAAUCAAAAUCCGGGAACACCUGGAGAAGAAGGGACCCCAGGUCAGAGACUGGGGCCAUUACUUCAAGACCAUCGAGGAGCUGAGGGCUCAGAUCUUUGCAAAUUCUGUGGACAAUGCCCGCAUAGUUCUGCAGAUUGACAAUGCCCGUCUUGCUGCUGAUGACUUCAGAGUCAAGUACGAGACGGAGCUGGCCAUGCGCCAGUCUGUAGAGAGCGAUAUCCAUGGGCUCCGCAAGGUCAUUGAUGACACCAAUGUCACUCGGUUACAGCUGGAGACUGAGAUCGAGGCUCUCAAGGAAGAGCUGCUCUUCAUGAAGAAGAACCAUGAGGAGGAAGUAAAGGGUCUACAAAACCAAAUUGCCAACUCUGGGUUGACCGUGGAGUUGGAUGCCCCCAAAUCUCAGGACCUCAGCAAGAUCAUGGCGGACAUCCGGGCCCAGUAUGAUGAGCUGGCGAAGAAGAACCAAGAGGAGCUGGACAAGUACUGGUCCCAGCAGAUUGAGGAGAGCACCACCGUGGUCACCUCCCAGACCGCUGAGAUAGGAGAGGCUGAGGCAACCCUCACGGAGCUGAGACAUACAGCCCAGUCCUUGGAGAUCAAUCUGGAGUCGAUGAGAAACCUGAAGGCCAGCUUGGAGAACAAGUUGAGGGAGACGGAGACCCGCUACGCAUUACAGAUAGAGCAGCUCAACGGCAUCCUCUUGCACCUGGAGUCAGAGCUGUCCCAGACCCGGACAGAGGGUCAGCGGCAGGCCCAGGAGUACGAGGCUUUGCUCAAUGUCAAGGUCAAGCUGGAGGCUGAGAUUGCCACCUACCGUCGCCUGCUGGAAGACGGGGAGGACUUCAGUCUGGGGGAUGCGCUGGAUGCCAGCAACUCCUUGCAAACCAUCCAAAAGACCACCACCCGCAGGAUUGUGGAUGGCAAAGUGGUGUCUGAGACCAACGACACCAAAGUCCUGAGGCGCUGAAGCAGCAGAAGCAGGGUACCCUUUGGGGGAGCAGGAAGCCAAUAAAAAAUUCAGAGGUCA